AUGCCGCCACAUGCCUCCGAGUCACCGGCCAAGAAACAGAGCAAAUGGUCGCCCGAGGAAGAUGCCCUGAUCAUCGAGCUGCGUGGGAGUGGGAUGAAGUGGGAGGACAUCUCCAAGAGGUUGCCAGGACGGAGUGCCAUCAGCUGUCGACUUCACUAUCAGAACUACCUGGAACGAAGAAGCGAGUGGGAUGAAGAAAGGAAAACAAAACUGGCACGACUGUACGAUAGGCUGAAACCGGAGAUGUGGGCAAAAGUUGCAGAGGAGAUGGCAGUUCCCUGGAGAGCAGCAGAGGCGAUGCAUUGGCAACUGGGCGAGCAGGAGAUGGCACGCCGGGCUGGCGUUGUGCCGUUUGCCCUCUCGGCACAUGGGCCUGACAAUAUGCAACAACAACAACAACAAGGGGUAGUUGGCCGGGCGCCGCCAUCCCGAGGGCACGCCCACUCCCGAUCCCAGGGGAGCAUAUUUCGUGACACCGUCGACCCCUCGAGAGCCUACGGCCGCGGCAUGCCGACCCUGCCACCUGGCCUGCCGGGGCGGCCUCUGGGUCCCGGCCCGGGUCCUGGCCCGCGCAAAGAGGCCGGCCCUCCUCCCCACCUGCCAACACACCUCGAACACGGCGAACCGAUGGCGUAUUCCCACUCCGGGGGCGGGCCGCUCGCGCCCAUCCACUCGCAGAGCCAGGCGCGCCCGGGCAUGCUGCCUGGUCUGGCGGAGCUGACCACGGGUGUCAGCCCGUACAGCACCCCGGCCUACUCGGUGGGCGUUCCGAGCGCGAGUCCCGCCCAGAGCGCCACGGCGAGCCCAGGACCCUUCCUGCCGGCGUUGAGCUACCCUCCCCUGGAGCCGGCGGGCUCGAAACGCCGGCGUAGCCCGGAGCUGGGCCCGCCGGAUCCGAACCGUCGGCGACACCUGGACCCGCGGUCCGACCACCUGGACAAGACGAUCCCGCGGCAUAUGCCGUGA